AUGUCUCCUCUAUGCUCAUUGACCCGGUUCCCAACCACCGUCGCACUCUCCCUUGCGACAGCGCUGUGGCCUACAUCAGUCGCGGGAACCAGCAGCGGUGGCGGGGAUGGAUACAGAAUUGGCGACGAAGUCCCAGUAUCCUGCCUCAAUCGAACCCUGGAAGGAGAACAUAUCACAGACAGCCUAGGCAAACUCCAAUACAUCCCCUUCGUAACCUGCAACGAAACAUCCCGCCCUCUAUCCCUCCGCUAUGGCAUCUCAGAAACAAUCACCUGCACCAUUCCUGAACUCUCAGACACGCUCUACCACCUCUUCGAAUUCUACGUCCACUCCGACGUCCCAAUGACCUGUCGCGUGCCUACAUCCCCCCUCUCCUCAACCCCAAACACACUCCAAGACUCCGACCCGGAGUCCAGCGAGAGGGACCCUUUCAUCGCGUUGAGCGAGAAUGGGCCUCCAUUCACCCCCCUCACCAUCGCGUUGCAGGGUACACUCCAGCUCAGCCACCUACACAUCUGGUCAGACAUGAACAUGCUCAUGCACGACGUUCCCUCCGACGCAGCAGCGCAGCCAGAACAGGGGAUUUCCAAGGGAAGCCAAAGCGGACAACCAGGCUACGUUAUCGCCGGAACGGCAUACUCGACGCCCGAGUUCGAAGCCGCGGUUAAGAAUAUCGAGUUAGAGGACGAUGAGAAAGCAGUUGCCGUCGCGCAAGCUGCGCGCGAGCCCUGGACACUGGGACACGGGACGAAAGUGAUUCGUGGCGAGCCGUUCACGUUUUCGUUCCAUGUUGCAUGGUUGGAGGGUGGCGCUGGGGUUGGAUGGCCGGAGCGAUCUAAGACGGAGUCAUUCUUAGGUCUGGGUCCUGCUACUGCUCCGCGGAGCUCGGGGUCUGGCUCAUUCUUCUCGCGCAUGUUUUUCUUUAUUAUGGCUGCUUCCCUUGGUGCUUUGGUUGCUCUUUACUGGGAGCGGAAUGGGCAGAGUUUCCGCGGGAGAGCCGGUUGGCGAGGCGAUGGUAUUUUGGGCGUGCCGUCUACUCGCGGUACGGGUUCCAGUGUGACAUUUGGAAAUGGUGGACGUAUCAAUGGUUAUGGGGGGUACUCUGCUUCUGCUACUGCGGGGGCGAAUGGAAACGGUGCUGGGUAUGGAGGGUAUGGAGGAUUCCCUACUGGCAAGAGGGAUUGA